GCCGUCUACCACGCCUUCAAACGCUAUCCACUAGACGGCAAAGUCGGCUUCGUUAUUGGAUCGCAAAAACCGUGGGUUGAAGUAUAUGCGCUACUGAAUGGAGCAAAAGAGGUGACCACGGUAGAAUAUCAACACUUAAAAAUCAACGGUACUGAUAGAGUUCGUUAUGUGCAUCCGAUCGAUUUUGCUGAAAACUGGGAGAAACAUCAAGGAAGCUUUGACUUUGCCGCUUCAUUCUCCUCUAUUGAACACAGCGGGCUUGGACGAUAUGGCGAUCCCAUGGAUCCUAUUGGUGACUUACGUGAAGUUUGGAAGACAUACUGCAUGCUGAAAAGAGGAGGUAUAUUCUUUCUUGGUCUGCCCAGGGGACGAGACACUGUCGUAUUCAAUUUGCAUCGAAUCUAUGGACCUGUAAGAUUGGCAAUGAUCAUGGCAGGAUUCGAAUUGCUGGCGACGUUUCGCGACGAUUCACCUCACCCGGCUCCACUGGACCGAAGUCACUUUGAGCUGAGCCGCGGGAAUUUGAUCCAAGACCUCUUCGUUUUGAGGAAACAAUGA